UUGAGCAGCUCCAGCAAAUCAUGACACCAUUCGAUGAUUUUUCGUAUCUUAUUAAUUUCGUUUUACUUGGGGAGGAACCGACCAUCGAGGACUUCAUAUUGUUGGUUGGUACUUUUGUGGCGUUUGUAGCUUUUAUUCUAUGGUGCUGUUUUCCCAUACAACCCAAGGACUCUAAUCAUCGGCAGUUCUCUUGCAAAACAAUGCAUUCCAUUGACAAUACAGCACAACAACAAAUCCACACUAGCUACAGCAAAACAUCGGCGAAUUCUCUUAUUUAUAACGACUAUGUUCUGAGAAAUGGCUCCAGCAAUGGUGGAGGAGGCCAACAUAGCUAUCACUGUUGUACCUAAGUCCAAUUCCAAAGUUAGUGUAAAGGGGGUUUAGGAAUCAGAAAGAGAUCUUCUAAUCUCUAAGGCAUGCAGGUGAAAAUAUUGUUGAACAUACCAAACGACAUAUAGGAAAAAUUAGAUGAAAGUCAAAUUAUUACUCAUGAAAUGGCAAGAACCCCAUCCAAACUAAAGGAAGACACUCCGUUUUUAUUCGCCUUAGUAUUAUUUCAGAAGAAGUAAGAUUUUUGUAAACUAUAAUGUUGUGUUAUAUGCUUUGUGUCUGCUUUAUCCCCCAAGAAAGCAAGCUUCUUAAAUUGUCAUGGACCCCGAACCAACCAACCAACCAACCUAUAUGGUGGAAACACUACUGCAAUGUAAAUAUCAUUUUUCUCCCCUUUGAAAAAGUCUAACAGGCGCUGCUAAAGGCCAAACAAACAAAAAUAUACCUAGUGUAAAUGUAUUAGUUUCUUAUAUUUUAGUUGUAAGUACAUAAAUGUUUUAUGACUAAAACAAAGCAAUUAAUUUAAACAUUAAAAGAAAAUUCAUUGAUAGACUGAUUUAUUAUGUGUGAAUGAUAAUUGGAUGCCACAUAUGUGGCAAACUUAAAAAAGGUUAUACAAAAUGAUAAUUCUAUUUAUUAGCUCAACAGUAAUGGUUCUUAAAAAAAAUACGAAAUCAAAUACACCUAUCCAGGAUAUAACUUGAUUUAUGCGUUUAUUAUUUAAAUCCCCCCUUUACAUCCAAGCCAUUCUUAAAGUAACUACUUUUUUUGUUUUUAAAUAAAUAUUAUAAUACUAUUGAAGUUGUUAUUGUCUACAUACUACAUACAUAUAUUGCUCUUAAACUCAACAUGCAAACAUAAGCUCCAUCAAAACAGACGAAAUUUGUGUAAACCUAAAUACAUAAAUAUUUUCUCAAAUUAUUAUAUUGUGCUAGUCCAUAACCAUCGAUAUAAACAUAAAUCCAAUAAAUAAAUAAUACUUGAACUAUAAAGGUA